GGUCGGGAUCGAGAGAUCCUUGAACGCCUGAAGAUGCGCUUGAUCAUCGCUUCGGUGCUGGUCUGCGCACUCAGCGUACUGAGUGCAAAAGAAAUAAAGAAUGCUCCUGUAUUAAAGUCUGACUUCACUGAAUUGACUCAAUCUUCGCAUUCGAAAUCAAAUCAGGAAAGUCAAUCAAGUUCUGAACAGCACAGUGAACAGAGCUCCAGCGAACAGAGUCAACAGAGUUCUGAACAGUAUAGCGAAGAGAGCUCUAGCGAACAGAGUUCUGAACAGCACAGUAAAGAGAACUCCAGCCAACAGAGCUCUGAAGAGUAUAGUGAAGAGAGCUCUAGCAAACAGGGUUCUGAACAGCAGAGUAAACAGAGCUCCAGCGAACAGAGUCAACAGAGUGCUGAACAGUAUAGUGAAGAGAGCUCUAGUGAACAGAGUUCUGAACAGCAGAGUAAACAGAGCUCCAGCGAACAGAGUCAACAGAGUUCUGAACAGUAUAGUGAAGAGAGCUCUAGUGAACAGAGUUCUGAACAGUACAGUGAAGAAAGCUCCAGCCAACAGAGUCAACAGAGUUCUGAACAGUACGGUGAACAGAGCUCUAGCGAAGAAAUUUAUCAGAAUUUCCAUAAACAUGGCUCACUGCAAUGGCAUCACGGUUUGAAGACCUACGAAGAUUUCGUCAAGUGGUACUUGAAAUUUCAAGCGAGUCAACAGAGUGAAAUUCAACAAAGCUCCAGCGAUGAAGAUGACGAAGAAGAAUAUGAAAUCAUCACGCAUAUAUCCACCAAGGGUGGAAGGGAAACAAUAAAAUCAGAAAUAGUGGAUCUUGGAAAUCCAGAAUCACCCGUCAUAAUAGAAACAGCGGAAACACCAGAAAAAACAGAAUUAGAAGUACCAGAAAAAGUAGGCCAUCCAGAAAAGCACGUUCAUCACGGACAUCAUGGAAAACAAGGGCACUCAGGC